AAACAAGAUGGCGGCGGCAGGCCCAAGUACUCGGGCCUCUUCCGCAGCAGCAACGGCGGCUCUGAGUCGGCGGAGUCGGCGGGGCCGCUGUGACGAGAUGGCGGCAGCAAAGACUGGGGUCCCAGGCCCAGCCUCUGGUCCCGCGCUGUUGGUGUUUCCACCGCCGUUGCUGCAACCGUCGCUACCUCCGAAGUCGGAGGAAGCGGGCUGCGCCGGGUGCCUGGAGACGCCGGGGGAAUCGGCGGCCUUGCCGUGCGGCCAUUCGCUGUGUGAAGGCUGCGCUCAACGCGCCGCCGACGCGGCGGGCCCUGGUUGCCCGCGCUGUCGCGUCCGCGGCCCAGGUUGGGCCCGCCGUCGGGCUCGCGACGACAGCCAGGCAGAUGUGGAGGUGCUGGGCGAGCGCAUCCGCCGCGGCCAGCCGGAGCGCUGCCGCCCGCGCCGGGACGGGGGCGCGGCCGUUGUGGAGCCCGGGCCAGAGCAGGAGCCGCGCGCCGCGCCCGCGGAGCCAGAGUUUAUAUUCAGAGCACCAAUCAAAUUAAGCAAGCCUGGGGAACUUCGUGAAGAAUAUGAAAGCCUUCGAAAGUUGAGAGAAGAAAAGUUACAAGAGGAGAAAACUUCUGAAGAUCAAAGCCACAAGCUGUUACCAGAGGAUACAGAAACAGGGAAAAGGAAAAUGGAUGAACAGAAAAGAAGAGAUGAGUCAUUAGCACUGAAAUCAAAUCUGGAAAGUUGUCCUGCACGUCUCUCAGAUUCAGAGAACGAAGAACCUUCUCAAGGCAAGACGAUACAGACACAUCGCUCGGCGUUCGUUUCCAAGAACAACUCCUACUCCUUAACUUUCCUGGCAGGGAAUCUAAACUCUAAGGUGGAGAGGAGUCAAAGCUGCAGUGAUACUGCUCCGGACAGAACAAAGAGCAGACUCAGAGCAGCUCCAACCAGCAAAGCCAAGGUAACAACUAUGACCCCAGCAUCCAACCCUAUAAUUGGCGUCCUCUUGUCCACUCAGAACAACCGCUGCCUCUCAGCCCCUGACUUAACCAUCGAAAAGCGUCUACCCUUCAGCUCCCUCUCAUCCUUGGCUUCCCUGCAUAAGCCAGAGCGUUCUAUCAGCCCUGAGAGCAAUGACAGCAUCUCUGAAGAACUAAACCAUUUCAAGCCUAUUGUCUGCUCACCAUGCACUCCUCCUAAGAGACUCCCUGAUGGCCGUGUGCUAAGUCCCCUCAUCAUCAAAUCCACACCCCGCAACCUCACCCGAAGCCUGCAGAAGCAGACUUCUUAUGAGGCCAGUCCAAGGAUCCUCAAAAAGUGGGAACAGAUCUUUCAGGAGCGGCAGAUCAAAAAGACCCUUUCAAAAGCCACCCUCACUUCCCAGCCUCCUGAAACAGGGGAAGACUUACUAGUCUCUGAAGUUAUCCAUUCUAGCAAAGAGAAGCCAGUUCUGGCUUUGAAUACAAGACUAUCCAGUGGGCAAGUACUCUCGCAGUCUACUGGGCCUACCCCCACUGACUUUGAUUUUUUCCCGUCUGCUAGCCAGACAAAAGCAGAACAGGGCAGUGAUAGUAAAAGGAACACUGAGAUUCCUUUGGAAACCUGCUGUUCCUCAGAACUCAAAGGGGGAGCCAGUGGGACUUCUUUAGAGGGUGAGCAGUUUGAGGGGUCAGGCGCAACCCCAGAUGCCAAGUUAGACAAAGCUUGUAUAAGUACAGCCAUGAAAAUCUCAGCAGUUAAUUCAGUGCUACCCAGAAACAAUGUUUUGGGUGGAGUCCUCAAAACAAAGAAACAGCUGAAGACACUGAAUCAUUUUGACUUGCCUAAUGGUAUACUGGUAGACGAUCUAGGUGAGGAGCCGCUUCCACCCUUGCGUCGGGGACGGAAAAGACACUGUAAGACCAAGCACUUGGAACAAAAUGGCUCCCUUAAGAAACUGAGACAAACCAGUGGUGAGGUGGGUCUGGCCCCAACAGACCCAGUACUGCGAGAGAUGGAGCAGAAAUUGCAGCAAGAGGAAGAGGAUCGACAGUUGGCUCUGCAGUUGCAGCGUAUGUUUGACAAUGAGAGGCGGACUGUGAGUCGGCGAAAAGGAAGCAUGGAUCAGUAUCUUUUACGGUCCAGCAGCAUGACUGGGGCCAAGUAGCACUUAAAGGACAGUGUUACCUAUUUUCUCAAGGUCUUUGGGCUUGAUCAUUUAUCCUGAAGAGCUGACUGUUCUCACUUUGGGUUUCUCUUGAUGGCAAAACACUGUUUUAUAUGGUUCUGAGAGGUUCCAGGGUCUUCGUAGUCAGUAUCCAAGGGAACUGUGUCUCUGCCUCUCUGUGACCCAGACCAGAAGCACUCCUUAUCCCCAGAGUGACCAACCCCUGAGGGCUUCUGGGCCAAAUCUGGCAGCACCCACUUGGAAUGAGGUUUGGGAUGGCCUCAUUCAGGAGCACAGUGGCCAGUUAGAAAUGGUAGAGGAAAGAGGGGAUACCUUCUCAAACUGAUGGCCUUCUUGGCUUCCUUCAGUAGGACUUUGUUUUAAAUCAGCCUUGCAGAUAAAAAUUAAUUCCAUCUUUUUCAAAGGAAUGGAACACUACAGUUCUUUGGCAGAUCCAAAAUGAUAGAUGGUUAUGUUCCCCCUUCUCUUCCUGCCACAGAUAAAUAUACCUACCUAAUCAGUUGAGCUUAUGCUGCUACAAAUAUUAAGUUACAUUCCCUGUUUGAAAAAUAACAUUUGACUAAUGCUGUAUUGUUGACAGAGCACAUUCACAGUCAUAUAAUAUGGUCUUCCCAAGAGACCUAACAUGUAAGUGCUAUUAAGCCCCAUUUUUAGAUGAAGAAACUGCAGUGCAGAUGUUCCAGUUCUCUCAACUACUAAGUGGCAUAGCCCAGACUGACUGCUGGGUUUCCUGACAACAAAUCCCAUGGAUUUUCCACACUAAAGAGUUGCCCUAAUGGACUGUAAUCCAGGGGCAUGCCAGGGGAGUCUAGGGAAAGCUGGCUGGGCAUUGAACACCUAGUGUAAAAUCCACAUGCAAGUAAUUGAGAUUGAUGGGAAGUAUAAAUAUAUACUGUACACUUGUCCCCAUCCCCCACAGUUUGUGACCUUCUGUUUUCCUGGAUGCUCCAACCUGUGAGGCAGAGUACAGUCGGGCUUCAUUAUUACUCUCCAGGUGGCCAAGGUUAUCUGCAGUGUUGAUCUAAAAUCCUAAAACUUCGCCCGGAAGUCAGGCAAAAAACAAUGCUGAAACUCCAUACUGUGGAAACAAGGUAUCUAGCUGGAUGCAGCUGGUAAAUUCAGUCCCAUGGACCUUGGGGUUUAUUUUCCUUAGCAGCUGACACCAUGUGUCUUUUGCAUCCCUGGUGGUGCUUGGUGCUUCUGCCCAACUGGGCUCAUUGAGGAUAGGGAUUAAGGUAUGAUUUUAGGGAAUCUCAGAUGGGCUGGCGUUCCCUGUGCAUGUAUGAACUGUUACUAUAAAGUCAUGUGACUGGCAUUUUAACAAACUUAUCAGAGCUUAUGUAUCCCAAUGUAUAUUGUCCCCUUUGAGUAGUCCCAGCAGCAUAAAGCAUAGUUUUUCCAAUGAUGUUGCCAUUGCUGAAAACAUUUCUGGAACUGUCCUCAAAGUCUAGAAACAUCUAGAAACAGACUCUUAAAAUUUUAGAAGUCAAAGGGGCCUUAAUGGUCAUCUGUUCCAACCUCCUCCUUUUCCUAAGGCAGAGGCUAAGAUCCAGAACAGUGACUCACUGAUCAGGGUGACUAGGGAGUUACCAUAGCACCUUCUUUUGAUUCUUCUCAGGAGAUUUGCCCUUUUCUCAGGGCACAUCAACAGCAUUUUGGGGCUAAAGAAGAGAAAAUUUUUAAAGUUUGAAACUAUUCAGAGCUAUUUGAAACCUCUAGAAAAGAAGGUGGGUUAUUAAGAGGGCAGAGAUGGUUUGGAGUCACAAAUGAGGAGCAGCUAUAAAGCACUCAGCCAUUUUCUUGUGCAGCUCAUGAACAGUUCCCAAAGAGAAGUUCCAGAGAUGUCUUAAGUAUUGUGGUCAUCAUUGAGAUAUAUGGAACCUCCUCAGUGACUACCUUGGUGGGGAACAUCACUCACCUGGAUGUGUGUAUUUUGUGCUGUGUGUGUGUGUACACACACACGUGCAAAUGUGUGCUUAAACAACAUACAUCAUUCUCUUUACUUUGUAUUCAUACCACUUCAGUUCUGGGUCACACCAGCAACAUAUGCCUUCCAAGGGCUUCUGGAGGGCAUGUUAGUGCCCAAGAUAGAAGAGCUGGCACUGGUCUGCAGAGGACAGGGAGGGUGACCUUACUAAAUGCCUAUAGAGAAAGCAUCUGUUACUGCCAUUUCAUGUAUUUCCUUUUUGAGCUUAGUAGAUAUUAUUGGAAGGCUAGUCCCAUUGGUAAUAGCAAAGACACUUAUUUUUCCACUAGUCACCUUUUUCUAUAUCUCCAAUGAGUUGAAAAAUGCUUUUCAGUUGGAACUGAAUUUUGUUUUCAGAACAAAAAGAUAUUUUUAAUAGAUAAAGAUAUAUAUUUUAAAUAUUUUCCCAAAGUAAUACUUUAAGAAAUUACAUAGCAGUAGCAACAAGUUUUAGCUUCAGGUGUGGAAUGAAAAGCAACUUCUUGAUAAGCAGAUAUUCCAAAUGCUAGGUCCAGCUUACCUUUUUCCCUUGUACCUGAUGUGGUGUCUAAAUGGUAUUGAUGGUUGUUGUUCUCCAAAAUUCUUGCUGAGCAGUGGUCCCUCAAAUAUAGGCAGAGCAGUUUAGGUUAAAGAGGGAAGAGGAUUGAUCUUUAAUCUGCUUGGCUUUGGAGCAGGAAGAAACUACUAAGGUAUUAUUUGUAUUUCAGGAUGCUGCCCAUACUUAAUAACCAAAACCUGAACCCUUUUUCUUUCUGAAAGAAUUUCUGUCUUGUUGCUGGGUUAUGAAGUUGGUUACAAAUGAAGUUGUCAGCAUGAACUCUUUGGGGAAGAGAGUGAGAAAGACAAGGAAGAAUAGAAUGAUGGGAAGAGCUUGUGAGCUAGAGAGAGAGAGAUACUGUUUCACAGAACAAAUAUGUUCCUCACAAGUCACUAGAGUCCAAUUAACCAUACAAAUUUCCUGCACCCUACUAACGCUGUUCCUUGUGUAUAUGCAUUCUGUGUUUUUUUCUUAUUAAAGUGGGAGGGUUUUGAGAGGCGGGAGGGCAGAUGUCAUUCUGAUGGAAAGUCCAGGAAGUGCUGUGCCCUGAGGAGGCGGCUCUCAAUCCUUUUCUGUAGAGUGGGAAAGACGCUUUGGGAACAUGUUCAUGGCCCAUUGAUUGUAUCAGCAGCAAGAAGUCAGUCAUCUGGGCCUGUAGGGUUGGUAUCAAAUCAGGAUUAUGCAUUCAGCCCUUGGCCCCUUUCAUAUAAUUGCCCCCCCCCCCCCUUUUUUUUUUUUUUUUUGAAGUUUAUUUCUUGGCUUAGGCUUGCUAGGAAAACCUUUCAUAAGUGACUUCAUUUAUUACUUUUCUGUAAAUAUAAUUUUUUUGUUUUGCCUGGAGGAACCACUAGUGAUGCAUGCCUUCUCUCUAUUUUUGUUGUUCAUUUUCCUAAAGAAAAAAGGCCCUUAAGAGAUUAAAGCUGCUUAAUUAAUUUGUCCGAUUACAAACUGAAAACUAAAAUGGGAAGCUGCCACUGUGCUCGACUAAUGAAGUUGAUGACUGAAGGCUGUGCUGUUCAUCCUUUUCAUUCCAUUUGACAGACGUUUCCUGAGCUUCAAACUUCUGUGCCAAUCUUGUGCUAGGUUGUGGAGACACAAAAGAUGGAAAGGACAGUCCCUGCUCUUAAGGAGCUUGGAGUCUGAUGGAAUGUAUUUGAAUGUGUAUGUGGCUAGAGAGUUUGUUAAUUGUUUUGUGGAAAGGCCAUUUCUUUCAUAGUGAUGAUCUUGGAUAGUCCCAUUCAGGAUACUGUCCAGCACCCAGCAUGCUGCCUUGCGCAUUUUAGAGACCCUGUCAGUAUUUGUGAGCUAGAUAACAACACUGCUUUCCAUUUCCUAAGUGAUUACCAGAGGAGAAUUAAUUUUCUCCUCCAGUGAUGACAGGACAAUACCAUCUCUUUGAGAGCCGUUCUUAGCCUAAGCCCCAGGAAAUGAGGCAGGUUGUGUAUCACUGACGUGGGCCAAGGAGGCCCACACCGCGACUUAGCAACUUCUUAACCUCCUUCCCAACCAGAUCUCUCACCAGAGCUGGCAGAAACUUGGGAUUUCUUUUCUUUUUCCUGCCUGGCUUUUCAUUGGCAUGGAGGACCAGCUUGGGGGGUUGUGGGGGGGUGGGUGGCAGAUAGAAGGCUGGAUCAUAAUUGUAGAAUGUUACAGCUGGAAUGGUCAUGGAAAUUACCAAAGUUAACCUUCCUCUUUUUCUUUUUUAGCAGAUGAGGAACUUGAGGUCCAGUGCCCUGUGCUUUAUUUUAUACUGUAGUUUUCGAGGGUCUGACUAAACAGUCCUUAAAAAUCACACACCCAAUUUGUUAAUGAAGAAGACAACCAGAUGAUACAGAAAGCUUUUUAACAGAUUUUCUUCCUGAUUCUUUUCAGUUAGAAUUAAAAUGUACCUAUAUUUCCUGAAUACACACCCAGGUAGAGAAAACUCCCAUAGUGUGAGUAAUGUGAAUAUGGAAUUUUGGGAAGUGAUAUAUUUUGGUUGAAAUAAUUGUCAUUUUACUACCAAGGGUUAAAACCCAGACCUUCAUUUUUCAUUGAAAAUCAAGAACUCCUUAGGGGACUCAGAUUUUUCUCAGCCAGCCUUUUCCUCAUCAACCCAUAGAAUGAUCUUUUGGCCUGGUCUUUAGGGGUAAGCAUAGCUGGUUAUUAAUUCUUGCAACUCAAUGAGAAAGCCAGUUUCUUUCUUUUGGGGGAGUGUGACUAGAGAAAAGGGCAGCUGAAUAGAUUUUCCUCCAAAGAUGAUCCAGAAAUACAUCUUUACACAUGAUUGUUACCCAGUGUAGCUUUCUGAGGAAGACUCUUCUGCAGAAAAGAGACUUAGAGAAAUGCAGAAGUCACCAGUUUAGAGAUUGGUAAAUUAGAUAAAGGAAAAAGUGCCAAGACCAAAUGUGCACAUUUGUCCCAUGUAUUAGCAGUAUUUUUUUCUUCCUAAGAGAAAAAUUUACUCACUCUGCUUCAUGAGUAAAUUCUUUCUUAAAUGUCUUGUAAGUAAGGGGGCAACUUUUCACAGCCUUUCUCUUGUGACCCCAAACUCUGAGCAGGCCCCCUCCCUCCUUUUUCUGGUGUCUUAAAUCAAGAAAUAGUUGGACAAAGCCAAGGUAAAGUAAGGUGUGUUCAUCUUCCUGUCCUCUCAUUUGAAAAGAGAUAAAAAUGGCAAUGCCUUCCUCAAAUAUCAAGCUGUUGGAGCUCAAGAAUAGUUUUUGGGUGCUGGCUCUGGAUUAAUAGGCAGCAGUCAGACUCUCCCCUUGUUGGCACUGCCCACUCCCCAAGCUGUGCCACCAAUGGGAGCAGAGACUCAGUGGGUUCAAGUCUGCAUCAAACAUGAGGCCACCAACUCUUAGCCUCCAGGAACACUUAAAGUCCUAGUAAGAGAAUACAUAAUAUGCAAGGGAAAAAAUGAUUAUCUUAAAUGCCAACUAAUGGAUUUUUUUUUCCCCCACCUGAUUUGCUAUUUACUCCCAACUCUUUGUACAAAUACUGUUGUCCUUCAGGCCUUUUCUCUUCCUGCCUAGAAAUAGAAAAAUGGGUUGUGUAUUGGUUUUAUUCAUCCUGCUCUCUGCAUUAGAACCUGAGAAGGGGCCUGGAUCCUUUUGAACUGCCACUGCUGGCUGCCUUGUCUCCUACUCGUCUUAAAGAGCGUUUUGACAAAGACCGAGGACUCAGAACGGCAUGCCCUGUCAAGGAUGCUUCUGCCAACAAGAAAAUGAUGCGGAAUCGAGCUGGAUGAUGUGUUAUUUAAACAGUACCAAAGUGCAUUCUUCAAUGUAUGUUUGCCUGCUUGAGGAGAGGCCUAAAUUGAGAAUACAGUAAACUCAUGAAAGUGAAUAUUCUGUUUCUAGUCAACGUCUUGUUUCUGGAGAACAAUUGCAGACAAACCUGAGCUAAGCUUAGACUAUGUGUAUUGUUUGAUUUUUUUGAUGCUAUCUUUGCUUUAGGAGAUGUCCUGUGUUAGAAUGUCUUGCUUUCACAUCCACAAUGAUGGGAGAGAUAAGGAGCUGGGAUGGGAUUUCCAUAGUGUUUCCAUGAUGAACAGCUUCUUUUGAGCUCUAAGAUAGUUCCAGUUUACAAGUGUCAUUCUCAUACUCAACUGUCCAUAUUUCUAAUGAAGGCACCAAGAAGGUUUGAGUAAAGAACGAAUAUAC